UCUCAGCAGGGAGUGUGUGUUCUUUCUCAGGCCCAGCUGCGUCGGACGAACAAAACAUCUCAUUUGUUGCUUUUGGAUUUGUGGAUUGAGGAGUCAAGAUAGAUCUUGUCAUUUCCUCACCACUGGUUUUGGGUUUUAAAGGAAAGGGAGAUGUUUGAUGUCACAUCUUAUAUUUAAUUUUUUUUUUCCAUCUGGCACAGGGGACACCAAGGAGCUUAAUGUAGACGGGAAUGCACUGUUGGACAAUGUUUUUGAAGAUCAGCCGACUUUGUUUUUAAUUGACACUGAUAGUGAAGAAGAAACCUCAUCCUCACUGUCCGUAAACGUGCACCUGAAGCAGAGCACUGAAGUUCAGAACCAGUUCAGCCAGCGUGCUUCAGACCCGUCACUCUCCAUGAUCAAUGGCAAUGAUCAGACCUUUGCACAGCACACUCAGGCUUGUGAAGAGGACAUUAAGUUCAGAGUAGAUGAUGUGACAAGUGACAGCACCAACACUGAUGGCAGUUUAUGGGACCCUGAGGAUCUUCUCCUUGCAACUGACACCCCUCCACCCCAUUCUCACUUAAGAGAGCUCCCUGCCUCUCUGCCUAGCUCCCUCUCUCUCUCACCAGUUGAUCAGGCCCUCACCAGGCUGAUCCGUCGGCCCUCCACUGAGCCGAACAGUCACAGAGACAGUCCAACAAUGGAAACCUGCGACAUCAGUCUGGUGGCCCUGGAAGUGGACAGUGAGGAAGAACCUCCUGAGCCUAAGUCUCUGCUUUCCCGCCUAUUUUCAGACGUUGGCAAAAGCGAAGAAAAGAAAGAAACCCGGCGUCCCAAUCCUGAUCUCACCUGCACUCGUAGCCAGUCGGCUUCAGCAUGCGAACCCAACUCCAAAGACUUAAGCGAGGAAGGUGUUCGACUGCGCUCCUAUUCCUACUCGCACUCCAAGUUCUGUCCUAGUCGCAGCAACCGGGACAACCACACAUCGGAAGGUAGCCCUGAUGGCGUUCUCCACAGUGUCAGCCACAGCCGAUCUCUUCUUCAGGCGCUCUCUCUGUCUAAAUCCACCCUGUCUCUGUCUCUGCUACACCCGGGUAAGCAGAGAACCUCCAGCAUAUCUGAGCCGUCCCAUGACAAAAGAGAGGUUAGGUUCCGUAAACGGGCCCAGUCUGCUGAUGAUGAGGGCAGCGUUGAGCUGGCAGAGUCCCUGCACCAUCUCACCCUGUCUGAGUUUCUCAAAGAGAUUGAAGAAGAGGAGUUGGAAAAGUGCAAUAUUCCAAACAAGGCAGAAUCCGAGAAGUAUAAAGUCAUUCGUACCUUCAGCUUCCUUAAGAACAGGAUGUCCAGCACACGUAACAAGAGCAAGGUCAACAAGGGAAAAGGGAAGGACAGAGAAGCCAAGGAUAGACAACUAAAUGGGCAUCGGUUUGGAGCGGGCCCAUGUUUAGGGCCCACAGUGUGUGUGGUUUGUGACAAACCAGCUUCUGGAAAGGAUCUUCUGCACUGCUCAGGUUGCACUGCUAUCGUCCACAAGAGCUGUAAGGAAUCUGUCCCACCAUGCUUGAAGAAACUUCAGGAUAGGCAUGCCACGACUGGAAUAAAAAGCAAGACAGCCUCCCUGCCACAGAACUUCAUAGUGAGAGAGAGCCCCCCCCAUUCUGUGAUCCCCAUUUCUGUUUCCCAACCUGUCCUUACCCCGAAGGAGAGGAAAGACACUGUAACCCAUUCAGGCUCUCUGCCUGGAAGUUUACCAAACAGUGACAGUCUGCUCAGCGAGAGUUCAGAGACAGAAUCUGAAGCCCUAAAGCCAAACAGCCUUUCAGAGGAGCUCCUGCCAACUCCAGGCUCCUCUGCCUCCAAUGAGUCAUCCUUCGGAGAAGACUGUGUGGACUCAUAUAUUCACACAUACAGUGACAUAUUAGCUGAUUCUGCUGAUUAUGAAGCUGAGUCAUGGAGUCUGACGGUAGAACACAAGUUCUGCAAGAGGCAAGACAAACGAGCUGUCAAGAGGCAGGAUGUAAUCUAUGAGCUGAUGCAGACUGAGCUCCACCACCUGCAGACGCUGCACAUCAUGGCUGAGGUUUUCCGGCGUGGUAUGAAGGAAGAAGUACAGCUCGACACGGAAUCUGUGGAGCGAGUGUUUCCCUGCCUGGACCAGCUGCUUGUUCUCCACCACGCUUUCUUCACUGCCAUGAAGGAGCGGCGUCAGACCUCUGGGCAGCCCCAGGGUCAUAGGAACUACCUGAUACAGCAAAUUGGAGACAUCUUGCUUCAUCAGUUUUCAGAAGAGAAUGGAGAAAAAAUGAAGCAGGUUUACGGAGAGUUCUGCAGUCAUCACAAUGAAGCAGUCAGUUUUUUCAAAGAUCUCUUGCUUCAUAACAAGAGAUUUCAAAGUUUUGUUAAGCAACAAGGUCAUAACUCUUUGGUGCGCCGGAGAGAGAUCCCUGAGUGCAUUUUACUGGUAACCCAAAGAAUCACAAAGUACCCAGUCCUGCUGGAGAGGAUACUACAUUAUACUCAAGAGGAAACAGAUGAGCAUGGUAACAUUUCCAAAGCUCUGGCGCACAUCCGAGAAGUGAUAGCAGCUGUAGACUCAAGAGUCAGCGAAUAUGAGCGCCACCAGAGAUUGCAGGAAGUGUGUAACCGCAUGGAGAACCGCAGCACCGCCAAGCUGAAGAGUGGACGCACGUUCCGUAAGCAGGACAUGAUGGGGCCGGGUCAAACCCUCAGAUACCAGGGUGUGCUACUGUGGAAGACCGCCACUGGCCGACUUAAGGAUGUCCUGGCACUGCUCCUCACCGACAGCCUCAUCUUCCUUCAGGAAAAAGACCAGAAAUAUGCAUUUGCUGCUGUGGACCAGAAGCCUCCUGUGAUUGCACUGCAGAAAUUAAUAGUUCGGGAAGUUGCAAAUGAAGAAAAAGGGAUGUUUUUGAUCAGUGCCUCUUCCGCCGGCCCGGAAAUGUACGAGGUCCACACUUCAUCCAAAGAGGAACGAAACACCUGGAUGAGGCUUAUUAGAGAGGCUGUAGAAAGCUGUCCAGAGGAGACUGAGGGAUCUGCAAGCGAAUCUGAAGAGGAGAAACGAGCUGCUGAGGUUCGUUUCCAGAAGAUCCUCAAACUUCAAGAGAGUUUGACGAGUCAGGAUCAGCAGAUCUGCUCCAGCCUGGAGGAGAAGCUGCAAAUCUACACGGAACUGUCUGCUCUGAGCGGGAGAAUGGAGGCCGUUUCAGCAGAACCGCGUCUGCUGGUCCAGAUGCAAUCAGAGGAGCUGCCGCAGGCGGCUGGACUGCUGGCUGCUGCCCUACAAGAAGCUGAGAACCUCAAAGCUGCACUGUCAUCCAAGGCCCGUUCUCUGUCAAGUCACAGCCAGGACUCGGACUCCAUGUUCCCUGUCAGUCCCGACGCUCUCGCCGAUCCCACAUUCGAGGAAAACGGGGGAAGCCUGACUGAUGCUUUUGAGUCUCAGUCUGCAGCUGACUUACAAAAAAGAGAUGGGAGCUGUAUUGAUUUUAAGGCUGCAGAGAGUGUCCAAACCCUGACUCAGCUGCUCUACAGUUUACAGGCUGCCGUAACCAUUCAGGACACUUGCUAUGAGGUCCAGAGACUUCUACUCCAAGCGAGUGAGCACACCUCGCCCCGCAGCCACUGCUUGCCCCUCCACGGCCUUCGCAGCAACACCCUGCAGGAGCAGGAGAAGCAGCGCAACCUGGAGAAACGCAAGGAAGAAGUGGCGGCAGCCCAGCGGCUCCGGGAACGGCUGCGCCAGGAAAAGGAGCGCUGGGAGCGAGAGUGCCAGGCAAGAGAGAGCCAGCAGGUGGAGCAAGAGAGCAAGCUGGAGGAAAGGGAGAAAAAGUGCCAGCUGGCUGCAGAGAAACUGAGGCGGGAAAGACAGGAGCUGGAGGAACAACUUGAGGAGUACCAGCAGAGCCUGGAGCGGCUCAGAGAGGGUCAGAGGAGCGUGGAAAGGGAGCGGGAGCGUCUGGAGGAUCAGCACAAGCUGCUCCAGGCCUGGAAGCACGGUCGGCAGAGCAGCCUGCCCGCUGUUAUACCUCACAUGGUCAUCCCUCUAGAUGUGCAGCAGGCCUCUCCGCCAUAUAACUCCAGACGGCACGCCGGUAACGGCUCCGUGUUUGUGAACGAGGCGGCGUACGCUGGUGACAGCUUUAACAACCGCCAUGUCCACCACAAACGGAAUGACCCGAACGCACACAAUAGUUUCAACAGCCUGCUGGACAGAUCUAACAGACAGUACCCUGUUGUAUCCAACCCUCUUGGAUCAGGAUACAUCUACAGUCCCAUAGGAAGGCUACAGCACUCGACCAGCGAUCAUAGCUAUAAUGGGGAGACCUGGAUGUCGACGGCUGACCUCAAUCCACAGCUCACACAUCCCAGUGAGCAUCAGCUGGAGCUGAACACGCUGGUUUCCUUGGAGACAGACAGCGAUCAGGAGGACGGACGGGAGGAAACAAUUGUGUUCCUCUGAAUAGAAGGCCAACACGGACAGCACCCAGAAACAUUUCACUCGUCUCCAAUUCGAAAAAUGAAAUAUCUCUUUGCUCUUUUAUUUCUUUCUCU